AUGCCUCGCUACUCUAAAAUCCCGGCGAUCCUGCGCACAUCUACUCGCUCCAACCCCGAUGUCAUCAAGCCCGCAACACCUAGACUAUGGAACGCGAAGAGAAGGAUAAAGGUCAGCCAGGGCCUCACAAAACCACAGUAUCUCGCGUACAAAAGGAACCCGGAAUCCAAGAAUUGGCGAGAUCAGGUCUCGCCAGAUGUCGCUGAGUUCAUAGACGUCAACACCUCCGAUUCUGUCGCCGACCAAGCGAUGCGCGAUCAUCCUCUCCUCCCCGAAGAAAAAGACCGGGUACUCCGCAACCCAGCCCGCUUUUUCAGCAGACCAUACAAUGUCCCUGUGCAGCAACGGAAACAGGUCUUCUUCCCAGAUUUCACUGUCUCCCUCCUACGCACUCCCCAACAAUCCCCAUUCUAUGCCAGCUUCAUUGUACCUCUUUGGUUCAACAAGCUGGAUAUGAAGUCCUAUCUGAAGGAGCUAUAUAGCGUCGACACUGUGCACGUGCGAAGCUUCGUCACCCAACGCGGCUUGACGCGGCGACAACACCCCUCACAAAAGAAACAGGGCGCAUGGUACCGCCCAGAAUCGAUCAAGACCAUGGUUGUGCAGCUGGUUGAGCCAUUUGAGUGGCCCAAGCCAGUAGAAGACCUGACCGACUACGAGCACGACGAAUACUGGCGCAGUAUGAAGGCCGAGGUCGACGUACAGCGGCGUAUGGGCCAAUUAGGAGAAUUGAAACCUAACACUGAACACCGCCGGACGAUCGCGCAGCAGGCCAGAGAUCUACUUGCGGGCAGGUCGGUAUGGCAGCCUUCGUGGAAAUCAAUACCCUCCGAUGUGCGAGUAUUGGAAGGCGUAACAGAUCCGCCUAAGCCGAAGAGCGAAGACUCCGGCUUGCCUCAGCUGCCAUGA